AAUGGCUUCCUCUCUUCUCAGCACUAGUUUUCUUCCCAUACACCAUUCUCAGGAUAACACCUCCUCUUCCCCUACUCUUUCAAUCCGAACAACCAAAGUUUAUUCUGCAACUAGGCCCAAAAAGAUGAAGAGAGUGACGAUGAUGGCUGCAGGAGGAGGCACCGUUGGUGAGGAGGAGAAGCCCUUGGAAUCAAUCAAGUUGGGGAAGCCUCUGAAUUUCUCUGGAGAGAAACCUUCUACUCCCAUCUUGGACACCAUCAAUCACCCAAUUCACAUGAAGAAUCUAUCUCUUCAGGAGCUCGGUGUGCUUGCCGAUGAACUGAGAGAAGAGAUUGUUCACAUAGUCUCGAAGACAGGAGGCCAUUUGAGCUCAAGCCUCGGCGUGGCGGAGUUAACCGUCGCCCUCCACCAUGUUUUCAGCACUCCUCAAGACAAGAUCAUUUGGGACGUCGGUCAUCAGGCGUACGCUCAUAAGAUUUUGACUGGAAGAAGAUCCAGCAUGCAUACGAUUCGACAGACCAGUGGACUCGCGGGAUUCCCCAAGAGGGAAGAGAGUGUUCACGAUGCCUUUGGAGUUGGUCACAGUUCUACUAGUAUUUCAGCCGCCUUAGGGAUGGCGGUUGCGAGGGACUUGAUAGGGAAGGAGAACCAAGUGGUUGCAGUGAUCGGUGACGGCGCAAUGACGGCGGGACAAGCGUACGAGGCAAUGAACAACGCCGGUUUCCUUGAUACCAAUAUGAUCAUAAUUUUAAAUGAUAAUGAACAAGUCUCCCUUCCCACCGCCACCGUCGACGGCCCUGUUCCUCCGGUCGGCGCGCUAAGCAAAGCCCUCACAAGACUACAAACCAGCAGAAAUUUCCAUCAACUGCGUGAGGCUGCCAAGGGAAUUACCAAGCAAAUCGGAGGCCAGACACACGAGUUUGCGGCAAAAUUGGAUGCGUACAUGAGAGGAAUAGCGGGUGGUCCAGGCGCUUGCUUGUUUGAGGAGCUUGGGCUGUACUAUAUUGGUCCAGUGGACGGCCAUAACGUAGGAGACCUCGUACAUGUUCUGAAGAAAAUCAAGGGCAUGCCCGACAUAGGACCUGUUCUAAUUCAUGUUAUCACUGAGAAAGGAAAAGGCUAUGCUCCUGCGGAAGCAGCACCAGACAAGAUGCAUGGUGUUGUGAAGUUUGAUCCCAUGUCAGGGAAGCAAAUGAAGUCCAAACCAAGCACACGUUCUUACACGCAGUACUUCGCAGAUUCUCUAAUAGCAGAAGCAGAGGCUGAUGACAGAAUUGUUGCCAUCCAUGCUGCAAUGGGAGGAGGCACUGGACUCAACUUAUUCCAAAAGCAAUUCCCUGAAAGGUGUUUCGAUGUGGGGAUCGCAGAGCAGCAUGCUGUUACCUUCGCUGCCGGCCUUGCUGCCGAAGGACUCAAGCCUUUCUGUGCAAUUUACUCUUCGUUUUUGCAAAGGGGUUUUGAUCAGGUGGCACAUGAUGUGGACCUUCAGAGGCUUCCAGUGAGAUUCGCAGUAGAUAGGGCUGGGCUUGUGGGUGCUGAUGGUCCAACUCAUUGUGGAGCCUUUGACACGACUUUCAUGGCUUGUCUGCCAAACAUGGUGGUCAUGGCUCCUUCAGAUGAAACCGAGCUCAUGCACAUGGUAGCCACGGCUGCGGCCAUAGAUGACCGCCCUAGCUCUUUUAGGUACCCAAGAGGAAAUGGCAUAGGAUCCCUGCUUCCACCAAACAACAAAGGCACCCCGCUAGAGGUUGGGAAAGGAAGGGUAUUGAAGGAAGGAAGCAGGGUGGCACUUGUGGGAUAUGGAACCAUGGUUCAAAGCUGUGUGGAGGCAGCAAAGUUACUUGAAGCUCGAGGCAUCUCAACCACCGUGGUUGAUGCCAGAUUCUGCAAGCCUUUGGAUCGGGAACUGAUGAAGCAGUUAGCUAGAGAGCAUGAAGUUCUUAUCACUGUUGAAGAAGGAUCCAUCGGAGGAUUUGGCUCUCACGUUUCUCAGUUCCUAGGCUUGAAUGGACUCCUUGAUGGAAAUCUCAAGUGGCGAGCUAUGACCCUACCAGACAGAUACAUUAACCAUGGAUCUCAGACAGAUCAGAUUGAAGUAGCAGGGUUGAGUUCAAAACAUAUUGUGGCUACUGCUUUGUCUUUAACAAAUAUUAAACCAGAUAAUCGUUAUCUAUUUAGUCCUCAAAUGUGAGACUUUAGUGUAACAUGAGAUGUGAUUAUGUGAUUCAAUUAGAUACAUCAUACAUCUUCCUUAAGCUUGUAAAUGCUCAUUGUACGGUUUAAAUUAAAGAAAAAUAAUUAUUUUUAUUAAA